AUGGAAAGGCUGUGUUCUGACUGUUGGCUUUCAGAGGAAGGAGACGUCAGGAAUCGGUUUGUCAGACGAGACUCCCUACAGACCCUCACUCGGCGAAGAGUCAGCGUAACACUAAUCCCAACGGGGUCCCAGCUCAGUGACCUAGAAGCCAAGUUCCAGGAGGGUUGCAGGGUCGGUGCUGACACUGACAGCCAGGGGCCAGAAGGAGGCAGUGUGAACCAAGCCAGCAGGCCCUCUGAGAUGAUGUCCCCCCUGGCAAGCCCAUCCCCCCACGCCACCCUCCUCAUUAGACAGAGCUCCACACAGAGCUCCCAGAGCCUGGAGGACGAGAGCGAGGUAGCCCCUCACACCAGUUCCCUACAGAUGACGCUACAUCACAGGCGGAGGUCUGCCAUCCUGGAGCGUGAGGCCAGUUCAGAGGAGGCCGAAGCCGAGGGUUCAGGGGUGGAGUCAGCAACGGGGUCAAGAGCAGGGUCAAUAGCUGGCACAGCCGAGCCCAGUGAGCUCUCUAUGGCCGAAUCAGUCUGCACCUCAGAACCGCCAGUGGUUCUGUCAGAGCAGCAUCCCCUAGCUUCCUGGCUGUCUUACUGUCGCUGGGUGCUGGUGCUACUGCUCCUCCUGGCUCUCUCUUUCUUCCUCAUGCUGGGGUUCCUACUCUGGGGCCUGAAGGUUCCUCACCACAGCCCUAGCUUCUGACAUCUCACUUCUGCUGCACUGUGUCCCAGCUCUACACCACAGAGUUCUGGGUUCCACGGUCUGUGUUCAAAGAUAUUACUUUUGUACCACUGAGUGCUGAGGUCUAUGUUAUAAUAAAUAAUAAUAUGCCAUUUAGCAGACGCUUUUAUCCAAAGCGAC